GUGUGUGUGCAUUGUGCACGUAGGACUAAGGUAUGAGUCCGAGAGGUAUGGUAGAGUCGUGUCUCCCCAAGAUGUCGGCGGUUUCGCGAUAGGGGGGUCAAUCCACACGGACGAGACGUUUAACAGCGCGUCACGGAGUGAGCCUUUCACCAUCGCGAAAGUGCACACCAGGAUAUUGUGGCUUUUUCGGGUUUCCCCCCGACAUCAGAUUAAUUAAUGAGUAAUAGAAGUAAUGAUGCAGUGGAAAUAAAACUUUAAAAAUUCUAUUAUGUCAAGCGACAGUGAAAGAUUACCUAAGCCUACCAAUCGGCAUAGGAUGAUUAUAUCUGAUAGUGAUAAUAGUGAAGAUAUAUUUGUCAAUACAAAUCGUCGAAAAAGAAGAAUUUGUAGAGUAAUAAGUGAAGACGAUAGUAAUGAUGAUGAUAGUGAUAUUCCUUUACAUUCUGUACAGAAGAGGAAAACCCAUAAAUUAAAUAGUGAAGAAUUGAGUUAUGAUAAUAGUUCAUUCAAUAAUGAAGUUAGAAGUAAUUUUGAGGCAGGCAGUACUAGUGACGAAUGGCAAUCAGAUUGGGAGAGUAUGGAGGAGUCAGGUUUUGAAACGGUUAAUAAAAAUUCCAGCAAUAAAUGUAAAAAGACACCAAAAAAGUCUUUGGUAAAAGAACUUGUGACCUCAUGUGAUUCUGAAAAUAGUGAUGGAGAGUCAGAGAAGUGCCCAAUUUGUUUGUUACCUUUUCGGAAUCAAGAGGUGGCCAAUCCUGCAUCUUGUGAACACUGUUUUUGUUUGGAUUGCAUUAUGGAGUGGAGCAAAAACGUUAAUACCUGUCCUGUCGACCGUCAAUCAUUUUCAGUUAUCAAUGUUAGAAGCAAAAUUGGAGGAAAGAUUGUAAGAUACGUGCCAAUUGAAACUAAGUCGUUGACCGAUGAAGUCAUACAGGAAGAUCCAACUUAUUGCGAAGUCUGCCAGCAGUGUGACAGAGAGGAUCGGAUGCUUCUGUGCGAUGGUUGUGACUCCGGUUAUCAUCUAGAGUGUUUGGAUCCGCCGAUGGAUGAAGUUCCCCUUGAGGAGCACUGGUUCUGUCCAGAAUGCUCGCAAAACAGCCAAAAUGAUGCUGAAGACAUCGACAUCGAUUUGGACGAAGUUCCAGAUCUCAUGGAAGAGGCCCGCCGCCUCGGUCUCUCGUACGGGCGCACGCGCGCCUCCCUCGUAGCUCAAGGUCUGCUCGCGACUGCGGACGGUCCAAUCACCUCUGGACGCCGUAACCUCGUUCCACGCACCCGUCAGACCGAGCGUGUACGCGCAAAUGUGCGGGCGAAUCGUAAUCGGCGUGGUACCGUCGUCGCAAGUCUGCCAGGCUCUUCGGGACUGGCCCAGCCGUCGACUUCGUCGGGAUUCGAUUCGAUAAGCGAAAAUAGUCGCGGCCGCUCGCCGGCGCCUGGCCCUUCUAUCGGUGGAGCUUUGUCAUCGCGCCGCGCGACGAGUCUCGGUGCCGGCUCCGCGAGGCGCCGCAAGCCCCGGAAGCAACGGCGCCGGCAACUUCGCACUCAGAAGAGGCACCGCACAGAGGAAUUGCGCCAGGUGCGUAUCACCGAGAUCAACCAAGACGGUGAGCUCGAGGAGAUCGUGACGUACGUGAGGGCAGCCACCGGCAACGUCAGCAAGAGGAAGAAGCGCAAGAAGUGUAAAAGGCGUCGUGCGCGUACCGUCGCCUCGGUCGCUUCAUCCGUAAGGACCAAGUGUCGUCUCGCUUCCCAGUUGAAGAUGCUAAAGAUACCGGGGACCACGAGCAUGGCCUCCGACAUCGGUGGAUCUGUGCCACGACUGCGUGCCGCGCGCCAAGAUGCCGGAAUCGGGCAACUGAGCCUGUUUGGCACUGGCCUCAACCUCGACUACAGUCCACCUGGGUCUGACGAUGAGAACGCCGAAAUCGGUAGCGGUUAUUCAGGUUUGCUGUUGCGCACGCGACCCUCAGUCAUGUCUGCUGCGAGGCGGCGCAUGGCCAUCAAAGGUGCAAUCGCUGACUCGGCAAUCACUCAAUCAAUAGACAUCCUUAGCAGCAUUCUUAACAGCCAGGAAAUCUGGCACUCCAAGAAGACCAAAGUCACCCUUAAAUCUGAUGGCUCAUUGUUAAUCGAUAAACCCAAGCAAGAUAUUGAAACCAAUAAUAAUGAAAGUCCUAUUAAGAUAGAGAAUGUCAAGUCUGUGAAUAGAGAAAAGCCACUUGACCUCACUAACGUAAACUCAAAUAAUCUUGUGCAACAAGCACCAAUGUAUAAUAGCCCCCGUGGUGGUAAUCGCGGCAGUAACUAUCGAGGCGGCGGUAAUUAUCGUGACAAUAAUCGACACAGUCAUGGUGGUGGUAACUACAAUAGUGGAGGUGGUGGUAAUUACGCUGGUGGCGGUCAUGACUCCUACUCAGGCGGUGGUGGCAGGCAUAGCUUCGGCGGGACAGGCAAUUUACCUCAGGAUUACUCCGCUGGUGGACCCAGUUAUUCUUCUAAUUAUGACCAUCGUAACAUGCCACAACCACCGUCGCUAAUGGGCAUGCAGUCUCCCUUUCGUAGUCGAAAUCCUCAAAAUUUUCGUAACCGGUUUCCUCCUCCUCAAUUCAAUCAAGAAGAUCGAUCAUCGCACGGUCGUGAUUUUUCCUUUCGGCAACAGUUCCCGAGAUUAAGAGUACAAGGAAUUCCGCCUCCGCCACCUCCAUUAGCAUUAAGAAUGCCUAUGAUGCAAAAUAAUGAGAAUCGGGGACCACGUGACAGAGACAAUAGUAGUAAUAUAGGCGGAUGCACUAGUUACGACAAUCAAAAAUACGAUUCCUAUCAGUCGGACAUCCGUGGAUGUAAUGAUAAUAGAUUCGGUGACGACGAGUGUAAUAUGUACGAUGAUCUUGAAGAAACACCUCGGAAAUUAGACAGUCAAGAUAUACAUAUGGAAAACGAAGGUGAAGACAGUGCGAGCACGUUAUUACCGCCUCCUGAACCGCCUUCUGAUCUCCUUGACUUUGACGAGAGUGAGAGAGGCGCGGACAGUGAUGGCGAAGAACUUGUGAUCGAUGAUACACCAAGAGAUGAUGCAGGUAGAUCGGUAGGACCUCACAUCAGUGCUGACAAGUACGAUCCAUUCGCCGAAGAUAGCGAUAGCGAUGAUAGCCAGCACCAACAUCAAAAAAGCAAUACAAAAAAUAGUCAUAAAGAUGCUAUCGCAUCUAUACAGGGCUCAGUUUUUCGACCUUCGUCGGAGUCAAAGCAUGACGAUGCAAAGUCAAUUAUAAACGACGAUACAUCGAUAAUAGCUGGUAAUGUUUCAUAUAAAGAUAAUGCAUCGUCUAUGAAAGACAAUGGUUACUCGAAUUCCAAAGCUAAUAGCGAUUCCAGGCCUCUGGAACCUCCUCCAUCGAUCUUUGGUUUUCCUGGAUUAAAUGUUGAGACUGACGCUCUUUCAGAAGACGAUAGAAGGAUUGAAAACGAUGAAAAAACUAUCAAAAAGAAGAAAAUUUCCAUUCCUCGAAUUCGUUUGACAGCAUAUGAUGACGACGAGGACGAAGAUUCAGAAUCGGAUUGUCCGAACUUUUCCAUUUAUUCAUCAGAAACGAUAGACGUUGCUAGGCAUACUGAGCAAGCAAUGUCUUCGCAAAUCGGACCAUUAGAGUCUUCUACAAUGAUUACCGAUAUAUUCGACAACAAACAAGAAGAGCCAAACUUAAAAUCUUCGGAAUCAAUUGAAUCUAUUCCGUUAGAAAAUAGCGAAAGUGAAAGCACGAACAAAGACGACAAUAGAAACGUAACACCAUUAGAGCCACCACCCGUACCCCAUGGUAUACUAGAUGACGGCAUACAAAAUAAAGUCGAUAGUCCUAAGCCAUUCACAUCAUCAUCCAAACCUUCGUCUGAACUUGCAUUAGAAGAUAUGGAAGAGACAGCUCCAUUACAACCGCCACCAACGCCGCCAAUGGAUAGUUUAGUAAGUGCUGCUGGGUCUCCGAUUGCUCCUCUGGAACCACCACCGAUGCCGCCUAUGGAUUCAUUAGGCGAUGACCCAUUAGAUCCCCCUUUAACGCCUCCGAUGGAUAUAUUAAACGGUGCUCUUCCGUUGGAGCCACCACCGAUGCCUCCACUGGAUUCUUUAGAUGAUCCACUACCAUUAGAACCACCACCAACUCCGCCUUUAGGAGCUCUAGAUGAUGGAAUUACUCCUCCUUUAGAACCACCACCAAUGCCACCAUUAGAAGUACUGGAAGGCGUUUCAAUAUUAGAACCGCCACCAUUGCCACCAAUGGCACCACUGCUUGGACUCGAUGUGCCCCCUCCAUCGUUACAUCAUCUGGGACCACUCGACAGACCUCCACCACCUAUACCUUCUCUAAUUAGACUCGACGGACCACCACCGCCACUAGAACCACCGCCUAUGCCUCCUAUGGGCGAUUUAGAUUUAGACGACGAUAAUGAAGAAACUUUGCCAUUAGAGCCACCACCAAUUCCACCAAGUAUUUUAGGAGACAACGAAGAUCUAUCUCUAGAUUCAUCAAGUGAAGAAGAUGAUUAUGAAGAAGAAGAGGAAAGCGACGAGGAUACCCCUGUUAUUGGACCGAAAAAUAGGGGAAGUAAGAAAAGGUUAUUAAGCUGUAAGAAGAAUGAUGAACCUAGCGGUGAACAAGACGAAGACGUUAUUGUCGGUGACGUACAAGCUUGUGAUUUAACAGAAUCCGAAGCACCUCAGUAUGUUGAUGCAGUACAGAAAGAGCGGCAAACCUUAAAUAAGACAUCAGGAAAAAUUCAAUUAGAUAGUAGAGGCAAAAUUACUUUCAAGAUCGGUAACUUAAGUAGACUUAAUAAAGUUAACCUUUAUGACGAGAUAGACGAAACAGAUAUAUCGCGGACAGAUGUUGAAAAGGAAAAAGAAAAGGAUAAAGAAGAUAAGGAUAAAGAGAAGGACAGGCAUAGAGAUAAGGAUAAGGAGUUGAAAAGGAAGGAUAAUUUUGAAAAGUUAGAUAAAGUAAAAUAUGAUUCUAAGUGCAAGUAUAUCGAAAAAGAAUCUAAGUCAAAAAAUAAAUAUGAUGAAAAAAAAAGUUCUAGUAAAUCGAGUAAGAAUAGUUCUAAGUAUGACGAAAGCUCAAAAUCUUCAAAAGACUCGAAGGGCAAGCAUAAAAGUACCAAAGACUCGAAAUCCAAUAAAAAGUAUCAUGAAAAGAUUUCGCACCAGUUGCAAUCAGGUUGGGAUAUCAAACCCGCGGACAUGACAAUUUCUGGUGAAUCGGAAUUAGAAAGCAUGAUUGGUAGCCCUUUAAAAAAAGAUAGCCCUUCUAAAGUAGAAAGUUCUAUUGUUAGUGAUAGUACUGUAAGAAAAAUCGAGUCAUCCAAGUUAUCGUUAAAACCAAUUAAUAUAGAUUUGGACGAACUUCAGCAGACUUUAGACAAAAAACUUGUAGAGCUUGAAGAUUUAAAUAAGCUUCAUCCUGAUGAAAUGGACCUUGCAUCUGUAACUGAUAAUUUAAGAUUUGUUAAAAAUAAGGAUGACAUGAGCGAAGAUGAAUUCUCUACCCAAAUAAUCGGUAUAAUUGAUAGAGAAUCAGAAAGUAAUGAUAAAGAACUUACUGGCUCAAUUCCGGUUAUCAAAUUAACAGAGCAAGAAAAUACAUUGCUAGACGAAAUAGAAAAAACUUGUGAAGCUGAAUUUAUUAAAGAAAAAAAUCCGAGAAAGGAAAUAUUGAACAAAGAAGAAGAUAAGCGUAUAAGUGAUAUUAAACAAAUGGAAGUCGAUCGUGAAAUUCACGAUGACGAGUCGAUAUUAAAUAAAACAGCAUUGACUGAAUGCAUUCAAUCAAUGGAAUUUAAAGUACAUUCGAAAAAGUUAUCCGAUAAAAUUGAUAAUGAGUACUUAGAAGAGGAAAAUGAGAUAUUGAAAGAUGACGAGGAAAAAGAAGAGGAAGCAGCAGCCAACAUGGAUGGACUAGAGAGAAUGAUGUCAGCAGAUGAUGACGAGGAAGAUGUGAUCAUAACUGCUGAGCCCAGCGAAAAAUCAGAAAUCAUCGAUUUUGAAACUGCCGAGCUAAUGGACAAACCUCUACAAUAUCAUACGGAUUUUAAUAAUGACAGUUUUCAAUUCGAAUCGUCUGCCGAGGCUGCAAAUGCUAUAGCUUCAACGUCUACGACUUCAAUUAACAAACAAAAUCGAUUGAGCGAGGAGCAUAUUUCUGAAUGGGAGGCUGAGGGUGCCUUUACACCAUGUAAGGAUGAACUGACCAUUACCAAGAAUAUUGACUUACGUGUUACGUUGACAAAUCGUACGGUAUCUCUAAUUGAGAGUGGCCUGGAGCCUAUAACACCUACGAAGGAUAGAAUCAGUGACGGAUUAGAUGGCUGCAGAACUCCAGUGGGUUAUGCUGGUCUCGGUACUGAGGCCAUCUCUGAAACCGACGAGGCUAUGAAUUUCGAGGAUGAGCUCGCUUUACUGAACAUGCGAUCCAAGGAUAGAGACGUUGAAGAAGGUGAAAUACCUGAAGAUAGGCCUAGAAAAUUACAGGCGGGUACGAAAGAAAUACCGCCGUUGGAAGAAGAGACCAAACGAAAGCGUAAAAAGGACAAAAAAGAAAAAAACAUGAAGGACGCAGAGAGAAAUAAAGAAAAUAUAGCUUCAGAAAAUAAUUUAGUAAGUACGUCUUGGAAAAAGGCAACUAAAUCGAUAGCACCUAAAGAGCGCCAAUAUCGAGAAAAGCGAUCUAAAUCAAAAGAUCCUAAGGUAAAGAAAAAAAAGGAUAUCCUUAAAAAAAAGGAAAAGCGUAAAGAGUUGCCACGUUAUGACGUACGGCGACUUGUCGCUGAAAAACCACGAGCCCGUAAAGAUGAAUACGGGCGUGAUAUACGCGAAAGUUCCCGCAGUAGAUCAUUAAGUUUAUCAAGAGAACGUUCACUUUCCUUUGUCAGACGUAGCCAUUCUUAUACUCCGAGAGUGCGCAGAAUAUCAAGGAGCAGAUCGAGAUCCUGGUCCAGGAGCAGGCGCUCGCGCAGCUUUCGGUCCCUGUCCCGUCGACGAUCUCUGUCUCCACGAAAUAGAAGAAACGAAAAAUUAAGAAAACGUUCGCUGUCACGGGUUCGUCCUAGAAGUCGAACUCGCACCAGGAGUCGAUCCCGUAGACGAUCGAUCUCUCUUCGUCGUAAGUCUCGUCGAUCUCUUUCCAAGAAACGAAGAACGCGGUCUCGAUCUAGAUCUAGAACGCGAUCGAGAUCGAGGUCGAGGUCCAGAUCUAGGUCACGAAGGAAAGAAAAAAAGAAACACGUAUCAAGAUCGAGGUCUAGGGUACGAAAACGUUCGCGUUCCAAGAGUCAGAAGAAGCGUGAGAAGAAACACUCGAAGCGAAAGAUUUCGAGAUCACGGAGCCGCUCGCUUGACAGACGCAAUUGGGAACAUCAUCAGUUGCCCGUGACCGACAAAGUCGUAGAUCGCAAUUUUGUUCGAGAAUCAAGCUGGACAGCCCAAUGGACGCCUUCUUGGUCGCGCUCACGCUCCAAGACUCCGCCGAUUGCACGACCUGAAAAUAUUGCACGUAACUGGUCACCACCAACGAUGACUUUAUUAAAUACAGUUAACGUACAACCGAAGAAUCUCAAGGUUAUUCUUACAAAUAAAGAGGCUAUUAAAAAGAAGAAGAAAGAAAAGCGCAAGGAAAAUAGGAAGGUGAAGGAGGCCGAUAAGAAACGUAAGACCAAAAAAACACGAAGUCCACCACCGUCGAAAGAAGUGUUUGCCAGUGGAGAUAAUAUUCUUGUAAGUGUCUGCUUCAAUAAGGAUAACGAGGUGCAACCUACGACUGGCUUACCCGAAUUGCCGGAAACGAUACCUCUUCUACCACCAGUUAAGCGACGACGUAGAGAACCGAUACAAUUGGAGUCUUCCCAACUCCAGGUAGUACCUGCAAAGAAGUCAAAGAAAGACAAAACGAAAGAAAAAAAUGGAAUUCAACGAUCAAAAUCGCCUUUGAAACAAACGAAAAAAAAAGAAAAGAAAAAAUCCAAAGCUGCCGAAAUUGCAGCAACUAAAAAACCUAUGGCAGUGAUUGACCUUGAUCAGUCGCCUUUUCGAGAGCAAACACCGUCUCCCAGAGAUGUAAUUAUUUUAAGCGACGACGAUGAUAAACAAGUGACAGUUAAUGAAGAGUUAGAGGAGAUGGGCACCCCAGAGCAAAUACAACAAGAGUCCCAUACCCCUGCGAGGUUGGACACUCAGUUCCUUCAAGGUCCGAAAACUCCACCUGAACCUCAAGUAAAGUUCUCAGUUGCCAGCAAGCAGAGUAAUCUUAGACCAUCGCUUCUAAAUCCGUUACUAGAGGAAGAGGAGGAAAUAGAAAUGGAUGAGGAAGAUCCGGAAAUGGAAAUUGAGGAUAUGGCCGAAAUGCAAGAAUUGAUGGAUGAAAGAGUUGAAGAAGAGCUGGAGCUCAGAGCCCAAGAGGAAUUAGAAUCAAGGAUGAAAGUAGGUCCGAAUACCCCACCCGAGCCCCCCACAUCACCGCCGACUUCUCCAGACGCUUACGAUCCCUUCGAUCCAACUAAGUCGAGAUCGCCGACUCCUGAGGUAAACAACCAAGAGGACAAUAACGUGAAUGAGCGGUUGCAGGAGACUAGAGAUUCUCCUGUCGAGAUCGAAGAGUCUCAAGUCAAAUCUUCGGAGUCCGGGUCUCAACAAGACCAAUCCGAGACGAAGAAUACAGACAAACCGAAGAUUAUAUCAAUGGUCACAAUAAAGAGGCCCUCUCCUGUUUCUAACACGCCUCCAUUGGCUGAUCAAUCGGAAGCUGAUGGUGCCAGUCCACCGAUCUCGGUUCCAUCAAAUCCUCCAAUAUCCCAGCAACAGCAACAACAACAGCAACAGCAGCAACAGUCGCAGCAACAGCAACAACAGCAAAUCGCACCCCAGGUGAACAACUUUCCUGCUAUUAACCCCGUAUUGGCAACUGUCGCUGCAGCUGUUCAGCGUAGUAGUAUAUUCAGUGCAACGUCACAGCUUGUCGGGCCCAGGAAUCUCCUUCAGAAUAACCAGCUUAAACAACAACAACAGCAACAACAGCAACAACAGCAGCAACAGCAGCAACAGCAGCAACAGCAGCAGCAGCAGCAGCAGCAGCAGAGGCAAAGCUUGCCAAACAUAUUCUCCAACUCGUUACCGAAGCCGGGGCCUUUGCGCACUUUGCCCAUAAAGCUCCAGGCGAAAAAUUUGUCAAUGGUGGGCCAAAACGGCAGUGACACAAACAUCGAAAUAAACAACGACAACGUGGACAUGUCCUCGCCGUACUCCCCCGGCUCGAGCCUCAGCGAUGGCCUUUUCGAUCCACCCAGUCCUGCCUUUAAUAGUUCACCAAAUGUAGCACUCUCCACUAAGCUACGCAAAAACCAAGAAAAGAAGGAUGCUUUCGACGCCCUUUUUGAUGCUUCGCCUAUUGUACACAAGACAUCAAUGAAGGUCCGCAUGAAGAAAGGCGAAAAGGACAAGAGAAAAAAGGGCACUCAUUCCAAAAUUGGUGUCCGUAUGGAUGAGAAUCAACUUCAAAUAUUGGACGAUCUUCCUAGUUCCGCUGUAGAAAUGCAAGUUAAAGAUAAGUUUUUGAAAAAACUGAAUCGACAAGAAAGAGUUGUCGAAGAAGUUAAAUUAGUAUUAAAGCCGCAUUACACUAAAAAACACGUAACAAAGGAAGAAUACAAGGAUAUCAUGCGAAAAGCUGUUCCAAAGAUAUGUCAUAAUAAAUCGGGUGAGAUAAAUCCAAAGAAAAUUGCAACACUUAUUGAAGCCUAUGUUAAAAAAAUUAGGAACAAGAAAAAAUCUUUUGGACCUGCACCUACAUUACCAGCAACAAAUACGACAAAUAAAAAGCCUGUAAAAACUUUGUGGAGUUGAUUCAACAAAGCGUAAGUCCAGAGCAUCAUUGUGUAUUCUCAGAUGGGUAGAGCAGUUCUAGGUGUUGCAUCUUGCCCAAAAUUAAAUCGCACAGUUAAUGCGCAUGGUAAGUGAUCGUAAUUUUGUGAAUAUCCUUGGAAGAGGAAAAAAAAAGAAGUACGACCGAGCAGAUUAUAAUUGAGACAUCGGCCGAACAAUGUGUAUUGUAUGUACAUACUUAAACCGAAUAUAAGCGCAAUAUUUUUAUUUAUCCAAGUGCUAACUUACAUGUGACCAUUGAGCGAAUUUAUACAUGAAUUAACAGUUAAAUUGUUAAUUUUAUUUUUCGUUUAGAGGACACUUAUUAAAGAUAGGAGAGAUAUGUAAUUAAAAAAAAAUAAUUUAAGAUUUAAGAAGAAAAAAAUUAAAAAUAGACAAAAAAUUCAUGAAAAUAUGAAACAAGAAACAUGUUUUUUGGGUUGCAAUUGCCUUUUGUUUUUUGUUCAAAGAAUUGUGUGAACUGUGGGUAAAGAUUUUUUUAAAUAAUUGAAUCUAAAUGAAAGAUUUAAUAGUAAGAAAGAAUAUAAAGAAAAAAAAACAAGUUAAAUGUAAAAAAUGGCAGCGUUAGAACAUAUACACAAAAGCAUAGAUUGAUUAUUAUUAACCCUCUAUCUUGAUUUUUUCCAAUAAAAAAAAACUGUUGUACAGUUAAGCGAGACGAUCUGACGUUGGGAAAUAGGAGGCAAAGUGAUCACGACUUUCUUUUGUUUUUAUACCGUAAAUGCGACAAACUAAUGAUAAACGAUGUUUAUCUGUGUAAAAGAACUUCAAAUAAAUUAAUUCACAAAUACAAUGAA